AUGGCGAAGAACAGAAACAAGAAGAAGAAGACGAACGGCGCCGUUUCAAUGGACGUUACGGAGUCCACUAUUUCAGAUCUCCCUCAAGCGAUGGACACGUCGGAGUCUGGAGCUCAAAAACCAGCUUCUGUCGCGUCUAUUAGAAAGACAAAGGGAAGACCAAUGAAGAGAUCAAAGAAUGUUCGGAAGAUGAAAGCAGUAGCAAAAGCUGUAUCUAAAAAUGAGAAGGCUGUUGAGAAAGGUUAUAAGAAAGAGGGCAAAACAACGAGAACUCAAUCAGCAAAAAAGUUGUACGAGUGA